AUGCCUAACGGCUCAGGUUUCCGCUCCAUCUCCGUGGAGGCGCCGAUCAUGCCCCCCAGCGGCAGCCCGCACUCCCUGUGGCACUCGCCCGUGCCCUACCUCUUCGUUUGCCUCGGGUCGAUGACCGGCCUUAUCGCCUUCGCCAUGCUUGUCCUCGCCUACUCUCAUCGGAAAUUCGCCUCCUCCCACUUCGAUUCGGCAGCCGGAAGGGACUACGACGAAGAAAAUCUUCGCGAUGACACAGCCUUGGACGACGGACGCCGCCUCGUCAUCAUGGCCGGCGACCGCGUGGCCACCUUCAUUGCCGUCCCAAUUUCCCGUGCCGAUGCAAACUCCCAUGACGACGGCGAGGGUUCGCCGGAGGAGUCUGCUCCCUCAAUCCUAAGCCCUAACCCUUCAAAUCCUUAUUUCUCUUCCGCUACAGCCCGAUCGCAUUGGUCUUCUUUUCCUUCUUCUUCGAUUCGCAUUGGUCGGCGGGAGUUCGGUUGGGGCGAUGGCGGCGACCGCCGACGUGAAGACGAUCGCCGCGUCGAGAAAGAGGGCACUCGCCGGGCGAGUGACGAUAGCGGAGGCGGGAUCUUGGUGGAGCUGAACUCGGAGGUCGCCCUUCCAGUCCAUUGGGAGCAGUGCCUCGACUUGCUGACAACCGGGAGAACGGCGAACGGACCACCGCAGAUCCUCGCAGCACCGCUGGCGUCUUCAUUUCAAGUAACCAUUACCAUGACGACGACGUCUAGAUUUAAAGUAAUUUUGACGAACAAUUACUGCUUCUUCGCCACGAGGCUAUGCUCCACUGCUCCACUGCGACGGACGCAGUCAUCGGUUGCCAUUCUCCGGCCAACCAAAGCAGUUGAUGACUCCCAGCGCCAGACAUUGCUCUCCACCGAUCGUCGACGUGAGGGCACUGAAGCCGCGGCGCCCAGCAAUGACGAAAAUCACGAUUGUGAUUUUCAGGCUAUACAGAAAAAGGACUGAAUUGUGAUUUCGCCCAGUGACGACAAAACGUAAACGGAUCAACCUCAAAACGAAAAAGAAACAGAGGUUUUAUUUCAUUCAAAAUAGCAGUGGCAAUUCUCAAAAAGCAAGCAUGAAGCAUCAAGAGCCAUCAUGAAUUCAAUAGUGCUCUGAUACCAUUGUAGUAUCGAACACAUCAAUUAACAAAAAUGGGACCAUCGGAUGAAAGAACUUCUGACUGCUCAAAGCGUAAUAGUCCGUUCCUUUAAUGCUGAUUUGCUAUACGCGCGAACCAUGGGAAGUCAAUGAUGAAAAUGAGAAAGUAAAGAAGGAUGAAAAGAGCCCAUGAAACACGACUAGAGAAGGUAUUUUACUUGGUCACUCGUUAUAUUGUCAUAUGUAAACUAGAUAUUCAGGUGGCGACUUUGCCCAAAAGAUAAGAUAUUCACUUGCUUGUGCUUUGUUGUUCUUUUUAA